CUGGCGAUGACUUCAUGCAGCCGGCUUGGAGUAGCCAGCCGAGGCUGCAGCUGCAGGUGGGGCGGGGGCCUUGCGAGCCCAGAGAGCCCAGCACACGCGGCCGGGCGGGCGGGACUGCUGCCGGGGGCAGCCGGGACGCGCCUCUCCAUCCCGAAGCUUCCUGAAUACCAAGACCUGAUGUGUCCAAGAGGCCGUUUCUAGUAGAAACCUGAAGAACAUCUCUAAGAAAGAAUAAUCCAAUGAAUUGAGAACAAGAAGGUUUCUAAUCAGUCCCUGCUAUGUGGAUAUUUGUUAGCAAUGACUGAUGUGGAAACUACGUAUGCAGAUUUUAUUGCCUCAGGAAGAACAGGUAGAAGAAAUGCAAUACAUGAUAUCUUGGUUUCCUCUGCAAGUGGCAACAGCAAUGAAUUAGCCUUGAAAUUAGCAGGUCUUGAUAUUAACAAGACAGAAGGUGAAGAUGAUGGACAGAGAAGCUCCACAGAACAAAGUGGCGAAGCCCAGGGAGAAGCAGCCAAGUCUGAAAGCUAACACUCCAUUCUGACGGUCAUCAACACCUGACGAUGUGGCGAAUCUCCUGGCAUUGCUCGGAUGAAUUUGCGGCCAUGGGUGAAACGGAGGAGAAGAAAAUGGCCGUGAUGAAUGGCAAGAAGCCGUUGGUUGCCAUGUCACGAAUGGGGGCAGAGCCUGUGUCUGCACACAGCCUUUCCCCCACCUCUCUCAUUAGCAAUGGUUGAAAUCACCUGGCCUGUGCUUGGAUAUCAUUUUUGUAUGGGUCCUUUCACUUGACCGUUUAAUGAAAUGCUUGUAGAGAGUAGCACUGACCUAGCUGAUGAUUCCUGUAGCAUCUGGCCCCUCAUGAUGUCAGAGGAUUUAAUUGUGUCUAAUUGAAAAGGGUUGGUUGAACCCCAGAGUUUCCAUAUCUCUGGCUGGAGUAUUGGCUCACCAAAAGAACCAUCCAGAGAGCACAGUUAGCAUUAUGUCUCUGUGUGUGAGUGCUGUGUUAUUUACACCGUUUUGUAUCGUACAGUAUACCUGCUCAGCACUGCCCUUUGAUUGCUUAUGUAAAACAAAAUGAAGUACAUUGACUGUGAAUUUUUAUACCACUCAUUUUUUUAAAGGGCUGCCUUUUUAAUUUCCCAUAGUGUUGUGGUGUGCACGGGGCAGAACCUGCUUUUGUAAAACACGACUUUCCUCUUGAUGACUUCUGAGGGUUAUAUCCAACAGACUCACUGAGCCCCCCUUUGCUUUAUUAUACAGGCAUGUGGAAAUAUCCAUUAAUGUGAAUAUUGCCUGAGUUCAGUUUUAGUAUCUACACAGACCAGUGUUCUGUCUGUCAAUAUUGAUUUUAUUUCCAAGUAAGUUCUUUCAGCUAACAACUUCAUUUUUCAUGAUUAAGAAUUUUUAAGAAUUGACAAGGUAGACAAAGAAAGUCAGAUAAUGCAAAGGACUGGAAACAUUGUGUUCUGUGGAUCACUUUGGUCACAUUGAUGGGUACCACUGUUUAACUUGGGAGGACAGCUUGUGAAGGAAGUGUUCUCCUCAAAGCCUGUGGGCACCCGUCUAUAAAGGAAAGUCCUUGGGAUGUGUUCUCCCAUGUCCCCUCUCAGCCCUUUCAUAAUGUUAUUAUGCACUUUUUAAUGUUUGUAAAAUUUUACUAAUAAUUUGUGUGAAUUGCUUUGAGAUAUAAUAAUUAUCACCCAACCACACUUUUACUGACGCUGUUGAUGGACUAUGCUGUGUUUUGACAUCACGAUUCUUGUAUGGGGAAUGUCUGUGGCCUAUGUAACCCCCUCUGGUCAGUAUUAUGAAGCCAACUAUCUUUGGUAAUAAAUAAGGAUCCAGUUAGAUGCCCAGGGUUAAUCUGGGGCAUCUUAUGGGCAAAUAACAGAUGAAAGAAGGCCUUCGCAACAGAAGAGCCCCUAAAUGUCCUAGAGUGCAGGCAUAGCUGCAGUUCCAGGUUAAGUAGGGAGCAGUGAUUCAGCAGGCAGACUAUGGGUGUGGUAGGAACUCAACCUGAGUCUGUAGUCACAGACAAAGUAGACAGGAAGUCUGCCCAUAUCUUCCUAUAGUGCAUUCAUUACUGACUGGGAAUACAUGAAUCUCAUUAGUCUCCAACUGGAAGUUUUCCAGAAAAACAAGCAAUGUAUGUCUUUCUGGAUAUAAAACAGUAAAUACAUUCAAUAUGAGAGGCCUUGCUUUGAUCUAACUCAUUGGAGGCUAGCUAAAAUUGAAACAAAUCUACCUAUUGGUAGAAUCAAAGCUGUGAACCUGUGGCUUAUUUGAGACAACCUCUGAUAAUCUAUUAACAAUAUCCAACAGUUUCAAUGUCCUUGUUGAACUAUCCUGGUACCUUUCUCGUGAAUAGGAAGUUCAUUCUUAAAGUUGUAGAAUUCCAAAUUGGUUUUACGUGCAUUUUGUAAAGUGUUGAACCAGUGCUGAGUCCAUCCCUGUGUGAUAUACUAUUACUAAUGCAUGUGGUGCCAUGCUUGUCUUCAAAUAUAGAAGUAGUGCUAAAUGGGGAAGUCGUAUGGAGCUUCUGAUUUCCUUUGACCUCUUACUACUACUUUGUUUCCUGUAUUCAAUCCCAGAGGGAUUCUCUGGCUGGGAAGGGAAAAAAAAUCAACAUUCUAAAUUUUCCACAUUGCAUAAAUUUUGAUUGGCAACAUAUAUAGACUCUCCUGAUUUUCAUUUAAUACCUGUUAUUUACAAGUAAAUAAUAAUAAUAGGGAAGUGAUCUGUAAAGACAAAUGGAAGAGUAGGUAGCCCGAGCAAAGGGUGUUAUUUAACUAUCCCAACGAAGUCACUUCAGGACACUUUCUUUUCACCUUUUGAAACACACCAUUUAGACUUUAAUCUUGCUCCCCUUUCACACAUUAGGAAGUAAACACAAAUAACAACAAGUUUUUGCAAGAUUAAAAAACUAAUUUGAGCAUAUAUGUAUUUAUCGACAGAAUUGUGAAUCCACAGGUUAUAAAAUUAAAGCUAAUUAUACAGUAUGUUUCUCUGUAUGGAAAACUAGAAAUACACUCAUUCAGCUUGCAUGUUACAGAGAAGGAGAAUAAGUUUCAAAAAUGGACUGGCCUUUCUUGCAUUUGUACACAUGUCUUUGGGGCAAAGACAGAUGUGGCAAAGCCUACUUUUGUGGCUUUCCACUUAAAUAUUCAAUUAUACCUUAUUUUGAGAGUUUACUUCUGGUAUGUAAACUGUAAAUUUACAUGCUAUGUUUAUGCUACAUAUGUGAACAAAUAUUCUUGCUUUUCAUUUAGUUACCUAGAAACACAGAAUUUUUCAUUUUUAACACAUUAACAAUGAAUGAGAAGCUGUUGAAUUUGUUGAGUUUAACUUUUUUUUUAACUGAGAAUAUUUUAUGUCAGUACAUAUUCAUCCUGAGCUCACAGAAAUGCUUUCUGCCCUGUAACAGAAAUCACGAUCUUCAUUUUUCAGGGAAUACUAACAUAGCCCGUCGAUAGCCUACCACUGAGUCUUCCGCACACAUGACAGCAUGGAACCAAUGUAGAUUUUAAAAAUGACAUCUUUAUCCUUCUCAGAGGAAUAAGAAAAAAUGUAACUGUUGGGCAGCAAGCUUCUGAAUGAGACCUGCCGUAGUAAGGGGAAAAGUAUAGUCGUUAAAUUAAACCAAGAAAGGAUCCAUAAUGAUGUCUUAGAGGCCCGGAACUGUUCCUUCAUUGACUAGCGACAGCCUGGGAAGUCAUCUGUGAGCUUCUAUGACUUUUGUAUUUAGCAAUGUUGCAUGCUCCAAUAAUUGAUAUUAAAAGCAACACUUGUUUUCUGAAA